CCUCAAUUAGUUUCGUCGCCCAAAUCUCACUCCACCGCGGUCGUCUGCCUUUCAGCAGGGGCGAUGAUGUUCCCCGGCGGUGCGCCUCCCGGCGACCACCAGGAGACGCUGCCACUCCCUCCCCUUCCAUCUCCCUCACUCUCUCCCCCUUCACUGACGCCGCGGGCUCUGCUGCACCCCUCUUAUUCUUCCACCCUCUCGGCGCUGGCUCCCCCCUUCACCCUCGAUCACGUUUCUCCCACCCCGCCUCUGGCGCCUCAGCUACCCCCACACCCUCCCGACUCUCUAUUAUUCCCCGAUUUCCCCACCUCACGAUUGCUCCCGCACAACGACGUCGCAGAAUCUCUCCCAUCCCGGUUCGGUAGCGCCACCCCUUGUGUUCCCAACUCGGGACGCCGGGUGCGGGUGCAGUCGCUCGUCGGGACCAAUGGGCCAACGUUCUAUUCUGAAUUUGCGGCACCAUCCCGUACCGGUAGCGCCGCCGACGUUGAACCCUACUACGCCCACUACUAUCCGGACUCGCAACGAUGGGCUCUCGAUGAUCUCUUUGGGUCCUCAUCGGCCUAUUCUAAACUUAACUCUGCCCUGCUGAUUAAGCCAGUCGAUGAGGAGGCAAAGCGAGUAAAGCGUACUAACGAGGUGCCAUUGACAGAAGUCACAGAACCACCUUUUAGAUACAAGGGGCCAUCUUUUCAGGAAGACUCUCUCCUUGCUUAUCACACCUCCACCUCUCAAUUGCCUCCCCACAACACUGCAGCAGAGAUGCUUCCAUCUGGAUCUGUUAGCACACCCUUUGGUCAUUCCUACUAUCCGCACUACCAUCACGUCUCUGAACUGCAAGCGCUAAUUGAUUCCUGUGGGACCUCAUUGGCCCAUUCUGAACUUGGGCCUGCGCAGUGGAAUAAGCCAUCCCUGGAGGAGAUGGGGAGAGUAAAGCAUGCUGAUGGGGUGACAAGGAUGGGACCCAAUUCUAGUCACACACUAUCUUUUCAGGAAGGAAAAGAACAAUUUGGAUCCCGAAGCAUUGAAUGGCUACUGGAUGACCACCCACCAGAAAAAUAUGAGCAAGACAAUGCAUCCUCUUAUACAAUUUUCAACCCUCAAUUGUCAACUGCUGCAACUGGCUCAACUUCUGCAAUGGGAUUACAUGAUACUUAUAUUUCAAACUCUGCUUAUGACCGUUACAUGGCACAACUUGAUUCAUGCUCUAUGUAUCCAAUAAUUUUCUAUUCAUCUACCGCAUGCUCCACGUCAACUGAAUCAUAUGCGCCGUCAAAUUCCACAACUAGUACAAACAUCAACCCAACAUUGUCAUCUGUGAAGGUUCAUCAUGAAGUGCUACAUAAGGUAGAUGAUCCAUCAGUUAUACCCUCUAGGUCAAAGGAGGUUAAUCUCCAUAAAAACAUGGAUCCAAAAGAGGGAUAUGAUGAGAGGAUUUGGGAAGACUACAACACAACAAAUUCUAAUGUCUUACCUGCAUCUUCUAUAAGGGAUUCACUUCCCAAUAAUAAUCAUGCUACAGAAAACCCUUCAAAUCUUCCUUCCAUGUUGACUUCCAAGUUGAGGUUAGGAAAUGUGGUGAUUGCUGAUUCUUCUCCAUCUAACUGCAAUUCCUUAGAUCUGAAUAAAUCCACCAAGAGUUCUUCAGAAGCAUUUGAUCAGCUUAAUCUUGCUGUUGACUCACCAUGUUGGAAAGGUGCUCCAGCAUCACAACAGUUCCCAUUUACCAUUGACGAAACGCUAGCUGUAGAAUAUGAAUCAUUCAAGAAUGAUUCAUGUCAUGAACAUAACCAAAUUCUUGGUGUUGGAAACUCAAAUAAUUCUGCAGAACAAGUUGGAAACUUGAAUUUUGAUGACAUUAAGAUAAGUCCUGCUUCAGAACAGUCAGAAUGCUCACCAGCUGUUUCAUCAAGCAUACAACAGAUUUCUGAAGGUGCAGAGAGAAAAUUGUCUGGCGGUAGAAAAGAUCAAGAAAAUGAGAUUUGGUUUGACUAUACCCCUAGGGAACAAACAAGGCAAACCAACGAAGCAGAGAAAACGGCCAAUGUACAAAAUGUUUUUCCUGCAAAAUUUGUUGAAACGGAAAGCAAUACUGCAAGCAAUUUUCUACCUGCAAAGGGCGUUAACGAGAACAUCGACACUCUUAGCGGCCCACCGCUGAAAAGAAUGGAGGAGCUCGUUAAAUUAAUACAUGGUUCUUCAGUGGAACUGUUAUCUACCAACUCUCGCUGGAGCAAAGAAUUGAAACCACAUGAUUACAAACUUCUCUAUGCAGCCAUUAACAAUAUCGCAUUGCUCCUCAGAGACAAGGAGGUACUUGCCAUGGACUUGAUUAUGGAUAUUGUUGGUUUUUGUCAUUGUUCAAGUGUAAGGAUUGCUUGUUCCUGCAUUAAAUGUUUAAAAGCCAGAGAUCUAAAGAGGAAUAACAACAUCCAAAAUUGCAACGUGAAGGGAAUGACACUGUCCGGAUGCAAUUUUUCUAAUGAUGAGUUUGACAAUUUUGUGGUCAAGGGAGGUGAUGCAUAUCUCAGCAAAGUUGACAAGAGAAUGACACAGACAAUUGAGAAUGCACUAUCACAAAGUUUUACCGAAACUGAUGACAGCAGACAAGCAUCGUUGUACAAGAAUCUCUGGCUACAAGCAGAAGUUUUGGCCUGUAGAUUAAAGCAAGAACUUCUAAUUGCUCAAAUGAAGACUGAAUCAGAAAGCUAUAAGCCUCCACAAUCCAACAUAUCUUCAAGUCUGCACUCUCCACGUGACCUCAAGGUGCAAGAUUCACCUUUGAAGCCCAAAGAUAUUGAAGGUAUAACAGAACAAGAAAGUCAAUUCAGUGCAACAGCAAACCAUGAAUCAAGCAAGGCGGAGGAUGUCGAAUCAUCUGUCAUGGCUCGAUUUAAGAUUCUUAAAGAUCGAGACAACAACUCUGUUUACAGAAGCACCGAAGCAGAGUACAUUCUUGACCAAGAGAGUGCUGCAAGGCACACAGCUGAAAAUGCAACCAAAAACAAUCCUGGCAUGAUUGCAAAUCUUGCUGAUAUAGGGUUAAUCAACAGUGUUGCCAACGAUGAAGCAAGACCAUCUCUACAUGUUUCAGGAUAUGAAGAUGCAAGCCAAAUGUUACCAGGCCCUUUGAAUGGAUCACUGAUCCAGUCCUACAUGGCACACAAGCAAGGUAGUUGGCCUAGUACAACUGAGGAUUAUGUACACAAGCAAGGGAGUUGGCCUAGUACAACUGAGGAUUAUGUACACAAGCAAGGGAGUUGGCCUUUUGAGUGGGAGCAUGUGAUGAGGGAGGAUGAAGAUGAAUCCACACAUUAGCCUUCGCUUAAUGAUGAGGAUUUCAAUGAAUGAUGGAAGACUGAAAGUUAUGUGCAUACAGCAAAAAAGUUUGGAGACUAUAUUAUGGAACCUGGAGACUCCUGAUUUGACAAUCUGAACGAUUUUAUGUAAUUAAAUGGCUACAUUUUGUGUGUUCCUUCCAUAAUGCUUUUAAAAUGUAAAUGAUUCAAGAGUUAAAGUGCAUUUGGCCUCUUAUAACUAUCUGCUAGUAAAGACUGAUGAGAUGUUCGAUCA